AAGGUUGAAACUAUAAGAAAAGAUUUUGAGUUCAAAUUCUGCAUCCUCCUCUCACUCACUGUUUCUUAAAUCCCAUCCCUCGCUAAAAAUACCAAAAAAAAAAAAAAUUUUAUUGAGCAAACAAAGUAUCUGGGAGUUGUUGCAUUUACUGUACUUAAAAAUCAAAACCCAUUUACCACAAUACCACACCCACGUUAUUGUAUUGCGUGGUAGAGUUUUAUUUGUUGGUCCAGUGAAGUUGAGUGGUCGGGCUAUGCCCAAUACAUCCCUAGUGGAAAAUUGUACUAAUAAUUAUAGAAAGGGUUGCAUCCCACCCGAAAAGUCAAUGUAGAGGGUCAACCAGUCAGCAGAUGAUUUCCUCCUCUUCGGUCGCUCUCUCUUCUAUUACUGCCACUAUUUCUAUGAGACUGGCGAGUUCCACUUCUGGAUUAUUCCUUCGACUUUUCUCUUCAUCGUCCUUAACUAUCCCUAGAAACCCCCGUUAUUUACAAUUUCACCAGGCCAGGUGGAACCUGCCUCAUAGGGGACCUUUCUUCGUUGCUCAAAUCCCGAUCAGGCCCUUUAGGGUCAUUUUGAACGGAAUGGAGCAGAGCAGUGUCGUCGCCAACGGGGGUGGAUUGAGCUCCGCUAGGGUUUCAACACUGUCAAAUGGCGGAGAUAACAGCAGCGAAUUAGUCAGUUUCCAGCUGUCUCCUACCUGUUCCCUCGAAAUUCAGAAAGGCGAUAUCACGCAGUGGUCAAUUGAUGGAGCCUCCGAUGCCAUCGUUAAUCCUGCUAAUCAGCUAAUGCUUGGAGGUGGUGGUGCUGAUGGAGCCAUACAUCGAGCUGCUGGUCCAGAACUACGAGAUGCGUGCUAUCAAGUUCCUGAAGUCCGACCUGGAGUCCGCUGCCCUACUGGAGAAGCAAGGAUUACACCUGGUUUUAGAUUGCCUGCAUCUCAUGUGAUUCACACUGUUGGACCCAUAUAUGAUGUCGAUGGAAACCCUGAGGCUUCUUUGGCAAAUGCAUAUAGAAAUAGUCUACGCGUAGCUAAAGAGAACAAUAUUCAGUAUAUUGCUUUCCCAGCCAUAUCAUGUGGGGUAUUCAGGUACCCCUCUGAUGAAGCUGCCUUUGUGGCUAUCUCUACGGUCAGGGAAUGUGCUGAUGGCCUCAAAGACGGGGUAAAUUUGUAACCAAAAACCAUAAAGUAAGCAAGGUCCACUUUGUCUUGUUCUCAGAUGAGAUUUACAAUGCUUGGUCGAAAGCAGCCAGAGAAUUGCUUUCAAAUUCAUGAGCCGGUGGUUUGAUGAUAUGGUUAUGAGGCAUCUGAGCUGUCUUGCAUCAGUCUCUAAAAAUUAUUCCAAGGUUCAUGGGCUAUUUGCUGAGGAUAUUAAUGAUCAGUUUGCGAAUAAAUUUCCAGGAGCAUUGUCGAAAAAUUGGUGGCUUGUAUUUAGAACUUUUGGUUUUUGAUAGGGGGCAAGGAGUGUGUCUAAUGUAGCAUGAUCUAUCUAAAAACUCAUGGCUUCUUGUGCAUAUGAUAAUAAUGCUCGUGUGGCAUUUUGCGUUGACAUCAUAUCGAAUCCUAGAAACCGGCCAUCUCUGUGUUUUCAA